CUCGGUUCGGUUUGGGGACGCGGUUCGUGUCCCGGGUGUGGACUGUCGGUUCGGUUCGGUUCCGUGGCCGGUUUGCCUGAGCUUGGUCACGAUGACCGAGUACUUCAGCCUGUCGGACUGUGACGUUGUCGGGUUUGAUCUGGACCACACGCUGUGCCGGUACCAUCUGAAGGAGACCUCCAGGCUGAUCUACGAGAGCUUUGCCGGGUAUCUGGUGGAGCAUAAAGGCUACGACAAGGAUCUGCUGAACCUAACCCCGGCCACCUGGGACUUCUGUUUUAAAGGACUCGUGGUGGAUCUGGAGGAUGGAAACCUUGUGAAGUUAGCUGAAGAUGGAACUGUCUUGCGAGCGACUCAUGGAAGUGUUGCCCUCAGCACAGAAGAGAUCAUCAAACACUACGGUCCAAAAAAGGAGUGGAAGCACUUCAACAGCCUCAAUACAUCCUUCACCAGAUCCGCAAAAUACUAUUUUUACGACAACUUCUUUGACCUGCCUGGGGCCCUUCUAUGCGGCAAAGUCGUUGACAUGUUGCAUAAGCGCGGAAACGAGGUGAACUCUGACUUUUGGAAAGACAUGGUAGCAGCGAUCGACUACAAUUACAACACAUCGGCAUUCAGAGAAGACACGGGGACCUACUUCCCCAGCGUGAAGCGAGACCCCGACCGGUACCUGCAGCGCUGCUCUGACACCGUCAAGUCCUGGCUGCACGCCAUGAAGGACGCCGGGAAAGUCCUGCUCCUCAUCACCAGCUCCCACAGCGACUACUGCCGGCUCAUCUGUGAGCACAUCCUGGGGAAGGACUUUGAGGAGAUGUUUGAUGUUAUCAUCACUAACGCUCUGAAACCAGGUUUCUUCUCUUUGGUUCCUCAGCAGAGGCCGUUCAGGACCCUCGUGAACGACGUGGAGGAGAGCGAAGGACUGCCCUCUCUGGAAAAGCCCGGCUGGUACUCUCAGGGUAACUGGCCGCACCUCCACGACCUGCUGAGGAACAUGACGGGAAAACCAGAGCCCAAGGUCGUGUAUUUUGGAGACAGCUUGCGGUCAGACAUGUUUCCCGCCAGCAGCUUCGGCAGGUGGGAGACGGUAAUGGUUGUGGAGGAGAUGGAGGGCGAGGGUGUCCGCAAGAGCUGCGCCGCCAUGUCCAGCGAGGCCCAGGCAGAGCCGCUGGAGAAAAAGGGAAAGUUUGAGGAACAGGGCAUGAAGUCGCCUUCGGCUGAGUCCGACCAGUGGGGGAACUACUUUGUUGACGUGCACAGAGAUGGAGAUGGAGAGGAGGAAACUCGGAAACUAACGUGGUGCUGCCACUGCAUCCACAAAUACAGCACCAUGGCCAUCCCCAGUGUGGAGCACAUAGCAGACCUUCCUCUGGAUUUCAAAUUCCCCCGGUUUUCUCCAGACAAACCCUGCACCACCGGCUACUACCCCCGGCCCCCGGAUUCUUUGCUGAAAUGGUACGAGAGUCUGUCAUAAAAAGAAAAAAAAUGUCCUCCUUUACCGUCUGCCUCAGGAGAGGACCGUGCCUCCAUUUUUGCCCGUAGUUUUCCCACCUGAGCCGUCACUGUUACUGGAAGCAAAGCGUCCUCAGCCAUUUAGAGAAAUCUUGUGAAUGUAAGCCGUGGUGUCUCUCUGUAAUAGCGCCCCCAUCUGACCGUCAUUUUGUGGUUUAGUGUUCCGUACAUGUGGAAACCCAACACAGAAUAAAUGUGUCUGCCUCCAGU